GGUGAAACCGUUAUUAAACUUGGAACUGAACAUCUUAGAUAUAUUAUUCCUUGCGUGGACAAUUUUCACAUUAUUGGAUGCUUCGCUUUAACUGAGCAAUGGAAGCUACUGCUACAUAUAAUGAUGAGGACAGAGUUUAUCAUUAAUACACCGACAUUGUUAGUUCCAAAUAUUGGAUCACAAACUAACUUACAAGUCAAGGCUUUUAUCUCCCUCGAAGAAUUUAACCGACGUCAAAAUUCAACCUUUCGAAAUAGGGGUGUACACAACAUUGGAAUUUGGAUUGAUGACAUCCCUCUCACUGGAAUAAUUAUGAUAGCUUCGGGUGUACGUAAACGGGUUAUCUAUUCUCGGAAUGAAACUUUACUUUUAGAAACAGAUUAG